UUGGGAGCCGCAGCAGCCGUAAAGGAGGCUCCACACACCGCCAUCUGGAAGGGAUUAAACAGCUGAAACAGCGGCGCACAGACAUUUGGCCACUUCUCUGCGCUGUGUAACCUGGAUGCUUUGGGAAACCCAGCUACCUACACAACUCCUACAGCAGAGCAAAAAUACAUGUUUGACUCAUUUCAAUGUUAGAGUCAUUGCUGGAGACAUUUUUUUAUAGUUUAAUAUGACGCCGCCAAAGUUGGUGGCAUUUUUGUAACUUUUUAAAACUUUUCAAAUAUGAAUGAACUUGUCAGAAGUUGAUGGAGAGGGAUAUUUAUCAUUUUUACACAGCCGACUUUUUAUUUAUACUUUUUUAUAUGAAUGAUGCCAAAGUUGACUGACAUGAUGUGUGUGCGCGCGAGCCCCAGACGCAUGUGCUACACAGUUAACGGCUCCAGACAGACCUAAAAGACGUGACUCCUGAGCGUCCAGCUGCGCAAACCUCGAAGCAGCGCUCACGGUUCUCAUUGUUUUUAAUGAGCUGCAUUUCGAGCGGAUUCAUGCGCCUCUCUGCUGCACAAGUGUCCUUCCAAAGUUCCUCCAGACUCGUCCUCCCCGCGGAGCGGUACCAGAGCGGCCGGAGCUGACCACAUCCCUUCUGAAGGGCGCGCGCGGUGGGGACCACAGCUGCUUCAAGAUGAAGUGUCAAGGAGUCCUCACCUACCUGCGGAUAUUUGGGACCACCAUGUUCGGCAUUUCCCUCCUGGUGGGCAUCUCCACGGCCUACAUCAUGGGCUACCAGUUCUUCACCACAGCUCGCAACCACCUGUCCUUCGGCCUGUAUGGCGCCAUCCUGGUGGUCCAUCUCAUUAUCCAGAGCCUCUUUGCGCUUCUAGAACACAGAAACAUGAGGCGGUCUUUAGAAACACCCAUCAAACUCAAUAAAUCCUUGGCGCUGUGCAUCGCGGCGUACCAAGAGAAAGACAUCUACCUGAAGAAGUGCCUGGUCUCUGUGAAGAGGCUGACGUACCCAGGGAUCAAAGUGAUCAUGGUGAUCGAUGGAAACACGGAGGAAGACUUGUACAUGAUGAAUAUUUUUAAAGACAUAAUGGGAUGGGACAAAUCAGCCACCUAUGUGUGGCGGAGUAACUAUCACAACAGAGGGCCUGAGGAAACGGAUGAGAGCUACGCAGAGAACCUUCAAAACAUCUCCAGGCUGGUGCUGAACAACAAGUAUGUUUGCAUAAUGCAGAAGUGGGGCGGAAAGAGAGAGGUCAUGUACACAGCCUUCAAAGCACUAGGGAGGAGCGUGGACUAUGUACAGGUCUGUGACUCUGACACCGUGCUGGACCCAGCGUCAUCUGUGGAGAUGGUAAAGGUUUUAGAAGAAGAUCCAAUGGUGGGAGGCGUUGGAGGGGAUGUUCAGAUCCUAAACAAAUAUGAGUCGUGGAUCUCGUUCCUGAGCAGCGUACGGUACUGGAUGGCCUUCAACAUCGAGCGAGCCUGCCAGUCCUACUUCGGCUGUGUGCAGUGCAUCAGCGGGCCUCUGGGAAUGUACCGGAACUCCCUCCUGCACGAGUUCCUCGAGGAUUGGUACAAUCAGACUUUCAUGGGCUCCCACUGCAGUUUCGGGGACGACCGUCAUCUGACAAACAGAGUUCUUAGCCUCGGCUACGCUACCAAAUACACGGCGAGAUCAAAGUGCCUCACUGAGACGCCGAUCACAUACCUGCGAUGGCUCAAUCAACAGACUCGAUGGAGUAAGUCGUAUUUCAGAGAGUGGUUAUAUAACUCAAUGUGGUUCCACAAGCAUCAUUUAUGGAUGACAUACGAAGCUGUGAUUACAGGCUUCUUCCCAUUUUUCCUCAUUGCCACUGCGAUCCAACUCUUCUACCAAGGAAGACUCUGGAAUAUUUUACUGUUUCUACUCAUUGUCCAGGCAGUGGCGCUGAUCAAGUCGUCUUUUGCCAGCUGCCUUCGAGGUAAUAUUGUCAUGGUGUUUAUGUCCUUCUACUCUGUACUGUACAUGUCCAGCCUGUUGCCGGCCAAAAUGUUUGCAAUAGCAACGAUCAACAAGUCAGGAUGGGGGACGUCUGGAAGGAAAACAAUAGUUGUGAACUUCAUCGGUUUGAUUCCCAUAUCGGUCUGGUUCACCAUCCUCUUCAUUGGGAUUAUCUACACAAUCAUCUUGCAGACUAGAAAACCUUUUCCCGAAUCUGAAAAGAUCGUUCUGAUCGUAGGGGCAGUUGUCUAUGCCAGUUACUGGGUGAUGCUGUUGACGUUGUAUGCAGUGCUCAUAAACAAGUGUGGGAAGAGGAAGAAGGAGACACACUACGAUAUGCUGGAUGUAUGACUCACACUUGCCACUUUGAUGUCUAGGCUUGAUUUUUAUUUUUAUAUGUGUAUAAUUUUGUUUUUCCAAGAUAGAGCAGCUCUGGAGGCAAAAUGUGGCUCAGUUCAACCAAAAUGGGUGAAGAACCGGAGUUGUGUCUGAUCCAAACACUUGAACGGCACAAGUAUAGACAGCAGUAAGGACUUGAUUUGGUCCAGCUAGUGUACGCUAACUGGCUGACAUUAACACACAGAAUGGCAAGAUAUUUGUAGUUGGCAGCAAGAGCACUCGUUGUAAUAUUAGCUACCUCUUAACCUUGUCAUUUUCACUGGGCCUCAGUCUAAUACUAUAAUUUUAGGCAAACUUGUACUUUGAGCUCCACCCAUUGGGGUUCCACUUGACCAUUCAAAGUAUUUUCCUCCAGAGUAUGACUUUGUCCACAAGACACACCGUUUUCCACAACCAGUGUCAUUUUGGCCUUUCCGUAAGGAAGCCGACACACUACCAUGGUCUUCAUCACGUCACGUGACUGCAACUGCAACUGCAAAGGUCUUUGGCAUCUCUGUUUCAAUCCACUUCAUUUGCAUGAUGACAUCUUGUGGAAGUUUCAGUCCAGGUUAUAUCACCUGUGACACUUCUAGAACUCCUGCAGUAUUUUAAAAUAGGGAGGUUAACUACUAUUCAUUCACAUAUGUAGUCCAAACACGAGGAAGAAAAAUGAUCAUCCUGGGGUUAAUGCUGGCGUUUUGUGUGACAUAAUGUGCAAGCCACUAAAAGUUUCUUUUGUUGCACUCAUGACAUAUGGGAAUGAUGUGAAACUUCCUUGUGGUCUCCACACAAAGUAAAUGUGUUUAAAUUAUUACUAACUGUAAUGUUUUCAUGUAUUUAUAAAUAUAAUUGUCUACAAAUUUACAAAGAAUGUAAUUUUUUGUGGAUCAUGGGUCAGUUCCUAAUUGCAGCGUCAAAAUUUCCGUCCGUGUCCACGACGAUGCAGUAAUUUAUUAAUGGUUGUGUUUUAAGGGUGAUGUUCCAGUGCUUGAUUUGCCAUUUAAAAUGAAAAGAGACACGUUUUAAACAUGAAGAAGUCACACAAUUGUUCAAUAUCGGAUCACAGUAUUAAGAGUGAAAGCCCUUUGUUUGAAUGGGUAGGUCCUUUCCAGCCAGUUGCUAUUCCCAUAUGACCUGAAUGCAGUAUUAUCUCAGCGUUUACAAAGGUAGGAAGUUCAAACUGAUCAGUAGAGGUCAGAUCAGAUUCACCAGACCAGGUGACCAGGGGGAUAUGUGACUGGAGGAGGUGGUGUAUCAUUGCUGCUGUCACUGUUUUACUGAAACAAUGACUUUUUUUCUUUUGUGUUAAAUAUAAGUGAUUGGUGUAUGUUGCUUAAAUAGGUUUAAUUAUUACUGCUAAUGUAUUUUUGGUGAAUGAUAACCACAGAGCAGACACAUUGUGCAUUUUUCAAUCCAGCGAAUGAGGAAAUGUUACUGUCCACUCACAUUUGUUCUCCGCCCUCCUACACGUUCUGUAUUGAGGGUAAUGCGGCUCCGUCUCUUUGUUUUCUAUGUAAGAAGAAAGCAGCAUUUUGGAGUAGAACAAGUCCAGUGUUUGCUACGCAGACCAGGAGUAGACAUAAGUUUAAUUCUUAUGCACUUUUAUGUCUCUCCCGUCCUCUAAUAUGAUGCUUGACAUAAUCAUGAUACAAUACCUCAGUGGUUCUCUCUAUCGUCGUAUGAAGGUUGCCAACCAAAGACUGAUGCAUUUUUGAGGUCUCAAGUAAUUUAUGACACUUGUGAUAAUAAAUAUAAACAUGUAAUUUUCAUAUGUGGUUUCUUAUAAUGUCAAAGCUGGAUUUCUCUGCCUUGUCAGCCCUUUGCUGUAGCUGUGUACUUGUUACUUCUGUGCAUUUUUAUACAAAUAUAUAUACAUCUUUAUUCUAUUUUCGCUUAGCUACCAAAGAUUCUUUAUUUUCAUUCACGUUUUUUAAUAAGAAAAAUGUAAAAGUCUUUGCUGUGCAUUCAAUUGUUGACAGUGAUUCACUGUGACAGUGACUUGUAUAUUCGACCAAACAAUGUGAAAUAAGGAGCUGGAGGGAGGAUGUUGUCUGCAAUAACAAUAAAAUGCACAUUUUGGCAAUAUC